GAAAGCGCGGGACAGGAAGGCAUUCUUCUUGGAUAUGUGUCCCACAGGAACCGUAACGGAGAUAUCGAAAAGAAUUAGCAGAGAGAAAAAUAAGGUCAUCUUCUACGAGGACAGGAACUUCCAGGGCCGCUCCUACGAGUGCAGCGGCGACUGCUCGGACAUGUCCACCUACCUGAGCCGCUGCCACUCGUGCAGGGUGGAGAGCGGCUGCUGGAUGGUGUACGAUCGUCCCAACUACAUGGGGAACCAGUACUUCAUGAAAAGAGGCGGCGAGUACGCCGACUACAUGAGCAUGUGGGGCUGGGGCGACAAUUGCAUCAGGUCCUGUCGCAUGAUCCCGGUGUACAGAGGAGCUUACAGGAUGAGGCUCUACGAGAAGGAUAACUUCAUGGGUCAGAUGAUGGAGGUGAUGGAUGACUGUGAUUCCUUCGCGGAUCGCUACCGCUGGUCCGCCGGCUGCAUGUCCUGCCACGUCAUGGACGGCCACUGGCUCAUGUAUGAGCAUCCUCAGUACAGAGGCAGGAUGUGGUACUUCGGCCCCGGGGAGUACCGCAGCUUCAGGGACUAUGGGGGCAUGAGGUUCAUGAGCAUGAGGCGCAUCAUGGACUCCUGGUAUUAAAGCUUGAAAAAAACGUGAAUGGAUUUUUAUUUCAAUAAAAACGACAGA